GCGGCCCCGGGGCGGACCCGGAUUUCACUUCCCCGAGUUCCGAUCCCAAAAUUCAGACCCAGCCCGGCCCGGAGCGGAGCUCAAUCCUGCCCUAAAAAUGCCCACGGAGACGGAGCGCUGCAUCGAGUCGCUGCUGGCGGUGUUCCAGCGCUACGCGGGCAAAGAGGGAGAUUCGCUCACCCUGAGCAAACGGGAAUUCCUGGAUUUCAUGAACACCGAGCUGGCCGCUUUCACCAAGAACCAGAAGGACCCGGCGGUGGUGGACAGGAUGAUGAAGAAAUUGGAUCUCAACAGCGACGGCCACUUGGAUUUCCAGGAAUUCCUCAACCUCAUCGGGGGCAUCGCCGUGGCCUGCCACAACAGCCUGCUCCUCAAACCCCAAAAUCCGUAGGGUCCGGGAGAAUCCCAAAUUUCCAAAUCCCCCGGGACCCAAAUCGGAAUCCCUCAAAUCGGAAAAGCCACGUUUCCCCCAUUUU